ACACCUCCUCCUGUGUCCGCUCCGAGGCGAUCUGUGUGUGGAUGUGAGCCGUCGUGAGUGUCGGUGCAGCAGCGGAGCGAGAACCGGAGAACCGCAGCGGCAGGAUGGGGAAGAAACAGAAGAAAUCCGGGGAGGACAGUGCCAAAGACAACGGUAUCGACAUUGACGCUCUGGCCGCAGAGAUCGAAGGAGCCGGAGCCUCCAAAGAGUCCAAAGGGAAGAAGAAAAAGAAAGGAGCAAAGAGAGACGACUACGAUGAGGAGGACAUCCUGAAGGAGCUGGAGGAGUUGUCUCUGGAGACGCAGGGUGGGAAAACAAAGAAAGUCGACCCUGCGCAGGAAGUGGAGAGCGUCGAGCCUCCGAAACCAGAGAAGAAGAAGACCAGGAAGGGAAAGAAGGGCGGCGCCAGCCCCGAGGAUGAGGAGGGAGAUGACGAAGGUCAGGUGGAUGGAGAGAGGAACGGAGAGCAGAAAGAUGCCAAGGCACCUCCUGCUGCUCCUCCCUCUGACUCUGAUGACGACAGCGGCUCACGCUCUCGCCUCAACGCCAAACGAGGCAGCAAACCGCCAGUAUCUGACGAGGACACAGCUGUGAGGAAGGGAGGAGGGAAGGAUGACGACGUGUCAGAAGACGACGACGAGGAGUUCCCCUCCAGGAGAGACAAGAAAAAGAAGAACAAAGGCAAAGCGGUGAAGGCGGACAGCGAGGACGAGGAGGACGAGGAGGCAGGGGGUUUCAAGAUGAAGACAGCGGCGCAGAAGAAGGCGGAGAAGAAGGAGCGAGAGAAGAAGAAGAAGGAGGAGGAGAGGCUGAAACAGAAGAAGCUGAGGGAGAAGGAGGGCAGCGUGGAGCCCAAGAAAGAGCCAGAGAAGACGACAGAGGAGUCCACGCCCCCUCCUGUAGCUCCACCUGUAGCAGCAGCAGAGGAGCAGGAAGGGGCGGAGCCUACAGGGGAAGAGGAGAUGGAGGGCGACAAGAAGAAGAAAGACAAGAAGAAGAAGAAAGGGGAGAAGGAGGAGAAGGAGAAGAAGAAGGGACCCAGCAAGGCCACAGUGAAGGCCAUGCAGGAGGCUCUGGCCAAGAUGAAGGAGGAGGAGGAGCGAGCCAAGAGGGAGGAGGAGGAGCGUCUGAAGAGGUUGGAGGAGCUGGAGAAGCAGAGGCAGGAGCAGGAGCGUCUGGAGCUGGAGCGGAAGGAGAAGAAGAAGCAGAAGGAGAAGGAGAGGAAGGAGCGUUUGAAGAAGGAGGGGAAACUGCUGACUAAAGCUCAGAGGGAGGCUCGAGCUCGCGCUGAGGCCACGCUGAAGCUGCUGCAGGCUCAGGGUGUUGAAGUGCCAUCCAAAGACUCGAUGCCAAAGAAGAAGCCGGUCUAUGGGAGGAGGAAGAAGCCCAACGCUCAGACUCCUGAAGAAACAUCAGAGGUGACCUCGCCGACGUCGGAGACACCAGAGCCCAUUGCCAUGGAGACGGAGGCUGGGACGCCGGCAGUUGAGACGCCAGCAGCAGAGCCAGAGGUGAAGCCAGAGGCAGCAGUGGACGACUGGGAGGCCAUCGCCACCGAUGAGGAGAAAGAGUUGAAGAAGGUCCACAUCGAGGUGAAGGAGGACACCGCCGCUCCACCUCAGCCCACGGGCAGCGAGGAAGAUGAGGAGGACGAGGAGGAUGAGGAGGAAGAGGACGAGGAGGAUGAGGAGGAGGAUGACGAUGAAGAUGAUGAUGAGGAGGAGGAAAGUGAGGAGGAGAAGGAGGCGACAACGACGACGGCGGCAGUGAGUCAGGCGAAGCGGAGGCCGACGAAGGAGAGCGAAGACGAGAGCAGCGGGAGUGAGGAUGAUGACGGGAUGACGAAGGAGGAGCGACUGUACGACCGAGCCAAGAGGAGGAUCGAGAAACGGAGGGCGGAGAACCUGAAGAACGUGGACCUGGACAGACUGAGAGCUCCUGUGGUCUGUGUGCUGGGACAUGUGGACACUGGGAAGACCAAGAUCCUGGACAAGCUGCGACACACUCAUGUCCAGGACGGGGAGGCCGGAGGAAUCACUCAGCAGAUCGGAGCCACAAACGUCCCCAAAGAGACGAUUGAGGAGCAGACCAAGAUGGUCAAAAACUUUGACAGAGAGGACCUCAGGAUCCCCGGCAUGCUGAUCAUCGACACACCAGGACACGAGUCCUUCAGUAACCUGAGGAACAGAGGCAGCUCUCUGUGUGACAUCGCCAUCCUGGUGGUCGACAUCAUGCACGGCCUGGAGCCGCAGACGCUCGAGUCCAUCAACCUGCUGAAGGAGAAGAAGUGCCCCUUCAUCGUCGCCCUCAACAAGAUCGACCGUCUGUACGACUGGAAGAAGAGUCCAGAGACGGACAUCGUGGCCACGCUCAAGAAGCAGAAGAAGAACACAAAGGACGAGUUCGAUGAGAGAGCCAAGGCUGUUAUCGUGGAGUUCGCUCAGCAGGGUCUUAACGCCGCCUUGUUCUAUGAGAAUAAAGACCCCCGGACAUUCGUGUCAUUGGUUCCCACCUCGGCCCACAGUGGUGACGGGAUGGGAAACCUCAUCGCCCUAUUGGUUGAGCUCACACAGACCAUGUUAGCGCGUCGGCUAGCACACUGUGACGAGCUGCGGGCUCAGGUCAUGGAGGUGAAAGCGCUGCCCGGAAUGGGAACUACAAUAGACGUCAUCCUGAUCAACGGCCGUCUGCGGGAGGGAGAGACCAUCAUCGUGCCGGGGGUGGAGGGACCAAUCGUAACGCAGAUCAGAGGGUUGCUGCUACCACCUCCUCUGAAAGAGCUCCGAGUCAAGAGCCAGUACGAGAAGCACAAGGAGGUGUCGACGGCUCAGGGCGUGAAGAUCCUGGGUAAGGACCUGGAGAAGACGCUGGCUGGGCUCCCCCUGCUGGUGGCUUACAAGGACGAUGAGGUCCCCGUCCUGAAGGACGAACUGGUGCGGGAGCUCAAACAGACUCUGAGCUGCAUCAAGUUGGAGGAGAAAGGCGUUUACGUCCAGGCGUCCACGCUGGGGUCACUGGAGGCGCUGCUGGAGUUCCUCCGCACGUCUAAAGUCCCUUACGCUGGGAUCAACAUCGGCCCGGUUCAUAAGAAGGACGUCAUGAAGGCGUCCACGAUGCUGGAGCACGACCCGCAGUACGCGGUGAUCCUGGCGUUUGACGUAAAGGUGGAGCGGGAGAGUCAGGACAUGGCCGACAGUCUGGGCGUUCGGAUCUUCUCGGCUGAGAUCAUCUACCAUCUGUUCGACUCCUUCACCAAGUACAGGGAAGACUACAAGAAGGCCAAGCAGGACGAGUUCAAGCACAUAGCCGUGUUCCCGGUGAAGGUGCGAGUUCUUCCUCAGUUCAUCUUUAACUCCAGAGAUCCCAUCGUCAUGGGCGUCAGCAUCGAGGCCGGGGUCCUCAAACAAGGGACGCCGCUCUGUGUCCCCAGCAAAGGGUUCGUGGACAUCGGCGUGGUCACCAGCAUCGAGAUGAACCACAAGGCUGUCGACACCGCCAAGAAAGGCCAGGAGGUGUGCAUUAAGAUCGAGCCCAUCCCCGGGGAGUCGCCCAAGAUGUAUGGACGCCAUUUUGAAGCCACCGACAUCAUCGUCAGCAAGAUCACGCGGGCGUCCAUCGACGCUCUGAAGAACUGGUUCAGAGACGAGAUGCAGAAAACCGACUGGCAGCUGAUCAUGGAGCUGAAGAAGACGUUCGAGAUCAUCUGAGGGACCGCAGACACACACACACACACACACACACACACACACACACACACACACACACUUCCUCCCUCAGAUGGCGCCGGAAACAUUACAGAAAAAAAAAAGACGUGAAAG